GUGAAUUAUUCCCAUUGAGUAGCCAAAAAAAUCUUAAAAACAGAUUUGAAAAAACAAAAACCAAAUCAAGGAAGGGACAAGGACAGGGAGUGAUUGUUGGUAAAGGCAAGAGGAAGAAGAAAAAAGGGUGUCUGUGGAUAAGAAUUGAACACCACACGUGUGAAUCAUGUCCACUUCAACAUGCUUCUCUUCCCUUCCUCUACCUUCUUUCACCAAAACCAAAUCAUCUCCAAUGUGCAGCAUGAGUAAGGAUCCAGUUCGUGAUUGGAUUCUGUCCGAAGGAAAAGCUUCAAAGAUAACCAAAAUUAGUCCUGUUGGUGGUGGUUGUAUCAAUUUCGCGAAUCGCUAUGACACUGAUGCUGGUUCUUUCUUUGUUAAAACAAACAGGAGUAUUGGAGAAUCAAUGUUUGAGGCUGAGGCUCUUGGUUUAGAAGCUAUGUAUGAAACCGGGACAAUCUGUGUGCCUAAGCCAUAUAAGGUUGGACCGCUACCGGCAGGUGGUUCUUUCAUCAUUAUGGAAUUCAAAGAAUUUGGGGGAUCUCGAGGCAAUCAGUCUGUUCUAGGGAGGAGGCUUGCUCAAAUGCAUAAGUCUGGAAAAUCUAGUAAAGGCUUCGGUUUCGACGUUGAUAAUACCAUUGGCAGUACUCCACAGAUAAAUACCUGGUCAUCAGAUUGGAUUCAGUUUUAUGGAGAACAUCGAUUAGGUUACCAGUUGCAGCUGGCAUUAGACCAAUAUAGUGACAGAACCAUUUUUGAAAAAGGGCAGAUACUAGUGAAAAACAUCGCACCGCUGUUUGACAAUGUGGUGAUUGAACCAUGCUUGCUACAUGGAGAUCUAUGGAGUGGAAACAUAAGCUCCGACAAAAAUGGAGAACCUGUCAUAUUGGACCCAGCAUGUUAUUAUGGACACAAUGAGGCAGAAUUCGGUAUGUCUUGGUGUGCUGGCUUUGGAGGCUCAUUCUAUAAUUCUUAUUUUGAGGUAAUGCCUAAACAGCCAGGCUUUGAGAAGAGAAGAGACCUAUAUAUGUUGUAUCACUAUUUAAAUCAUUAUAAUCUCUUUGGUUCUGGAUAUAGAUCAUCUGCCAUGUCUAUCAUUGAUGAUUAUCUAGCUUAUUUAAAAGCUUAGGUUAGCAAAAUCAUUGACAAGCUUAUUCAAAAUUAUUGAAAAUCAUUAAAUAAUGUUGAGUUCGAGUCUUGUAAAUAAUAUAGCUGUUACAAGAAUUAUUUCUUAUUACAUAGAUCUAUUUGACUCAA